UUUUAGGUUCUCUGGAGAAGAGGCAACCGACCUUCUCGCGGAGUGCUAGUCGGAGUCGUCCUUAGCGGAGAGGGAGAUCGAGUGCCAGAGUCGUCCUAGUAAUCGAACUAGCUUCGAUUAGGGCUGCAGGGGUUAAUUGUAACAUUAACUUCUACAGAUUUUAAAUGGUGGAAUCACAGAAAGGAGCUGCUCCAAAUUCCGACUCAAAAGGGAAAAGUUCACUGCUAGAUGAAGAAUUUGGAAAGGAAUUCCUCAGUUCCUGGAAAACAAUGUCUGUGACAGAGGACGAUGGCAUGGAUUUUAGCUGUGAACCAGCCCCCAAAGGCAUGAAAAAGAACUUCAACUUUGAUAAACUGGACAUGGAUUUUGCUCUCGAUGGUGAUUUUGGGAAAUUGUCAUCCUUCAAAGUUGACAUGUCAGACCUGGAUUUCUCCAGUCCCAAAUCUACAGACAGACCUGACAAAAAAUCAAUCGAUGGAAAACGUGAAGCAAAGAAGGACCACUUCAACUUCAAUUUUGAUUUUAAAGAAUUGGAUAAUUUUGAUUUGGAUUCAAGCUUAAUGAAAGGGAAACAGAAAUCUGAAAAAUGCACAGAUGAUAAGGAAUUUGAUUCUUCAGUUAGACAUGAGAAGGAUCAAGUUUUCAGAAGCAACUUGGCCACAGAAGCCGAUGCAUUCAAAGAAGAUGAUGCCAAAAAAGCCAGUGUGAUGGCUUCAAAGUUUGAGGGUUUGACAGAUGGGGAUUUCGAUUCUAUAACUGGUGGUGCUCCAACAAAUUCAAAAUUCGAAAAUGUACAUGCAUCAGGGGGUGCAACAGCUUCUCAAGAUGAAAAUAUAAGUAACAGACGAGAGGAAUCUAACCAGCCUAGCAAACUCUCCUCAAAAUCAUAUGAUCAACAGCCUAUCCAGGAUUCAUCUGGCCAGUCUGUCUCUUUUGAUGAUCCAAGGCAAGAGACUGCUGCAGACUUACAGGCAGGAAUUUGUUCCUCAGAGACAGAAAGAGAUGCAAAUCAAGGAUUGCAGAGCGCUAAAUGUGAGACUGGAAAAAGCUUGGGGAACCAAAGUCAGGUUUCCAUGAAAAAUAUAUCUGGGGAUGAGUCAGCCCCAGGUAAUGCAGGAUUGCAGAGCACUAGAAAUGAGUUUCAGAAAAUGUUGGAGAUCCAAAAUCAUAUCCCUAUGAGAAAUAUAUCUGGGAACAAGUCAGCCCUAGGUAAUGCAGAUAUAGUGGAUGCUUCAACUACAAGCCUGUCACCGAACAUGCAGAACACAAAAGCUAGAAAAGAGAACAAUGAUUCUGUGUCACACGUUCUUCUGGCCCCAGUGCAAAGUGAACCCAAAGCUGACAAGGUCAUGCAAAUGAAAGAACAAGGAAAUGGGUGUACACAUUUGACAUUCCUGAGUAGAACCCAAGAAAAUGUUUCUCAGUCACAUCUGGCUCUUACUUCAAUGAAAAUCCAUUCUCUUGGAGAGAAAAGAAAGGAAAGUGCGCAUUUAAGUCCAACAGAUCAAAGAAGUGAUGCACAAGGUAGGAAUCCAAAGGUUGGUACUUCAAGCUCACAUGAUGCUACCCUAACUAAAGAUGUACCUGUCAUAAAGGAAAGUGAAAAGAAUGACAAAGAUCACAGUAUCUCUGGCCCUAGUUCCAAAGUUCAUGAUGCCAGCUUACCUGAGAAGGCCGCAAAAUCUAAACCUCUGAACAUCAAUCCUAAAGAUUUAGUUCCAAGCAUGAAUUACAAGAGUAUUUCAGUUGAAAGGAUGGGGCUUUCUCCUCUGAAAGUUGGUAACAAGACAUCUGAUGCAACUAGCUUAAAAUUUUCAAGGAUUGUAACAUCAAAGAAUGAUCUAUCAGUUUCUAAACUUCAGAAAGAAUUUAAGUCAUUGAGGAACUCAGAGGGAAGCAUGGAAAUGCAUCUAGAUUUGGCAAGCAUGAUGAACCAAUCUAGCGGCUCAGAGAAACAAAAACUGCCAACCCCAUCUUUGAAACGGAAAACUUUUGAGGAACCAAGUGCAAAUCCAGUGAUGUUAUACCCAUUAAAGCGAAUCACAGAGACACCAAACCAUAGCAGAAAAGCUAGGGAGGUUUCUCAACAAGUUGAUGAAAGUCUGGUGCACAAUCGUGAGAAUCUGGUAGAUUGCUGCAACAAUGAUGUUCUCUUUGACCAUCCUACCUGUAAACUUGAUACUUCUCAACAAGUCCCCAUAGUGAUGGAGAAUGAUGAAAAUGUUGAAAAAGCUGAAGCCUAUAUAAAGGAGCUUGAAGAUAAAGAGAGAUUGCAUGGGUGGUUGAUGCUGUUCCUGCAGAUACGUAACAUGCUGAAAAAGAAACAUGAAGAAGCAAAGGAAGUACUUGUUCGUGCUCUGGUGAACAACAACAAUCUGCUGAUGCUAAACCAUCCCAUCUAUGAAGAGAAGAUCAGUACGGUAAUGAGAUUUGCUGCCUCCAUGAGAUCCAAGGAGCUUCAAUCUUGAUUUGCUUAUUGAAUUGAGACACAAAGAGUUUGCAGGUACCAGUUAUAUGUGCUCACUUUCUACUAUGUUUAGAGCUGUGGAAGGCCAACUUCAUUUUCAAGAAUUGAUGCUGUAAUCUGAAAUUAGAUGUGUAAAAAUGGACCUUAGGUUGCCUUUACUUCCAUUUGCCUUUUUUCUGUAUUGUUUCAAUACUGUGAGUGCAUGAAAUUGAAAUGUACAAAUACUGAUGCUAACUCAUAUCGUUGUAGUUGAAUCUGCAAGAGAUCUGGUACUGUUAGUCAAUUACUUGGAUAAUUGUAGAUGAAUUGAAACCUUUUUUGUUUCCA